CCCCGACACACACCAAUCCGCGGUGCUGGCAGCAGCUGGCGCGGAAGGCGGCGGCGGCGGCGGCGGCGGGGACCGAGCUGAGAGGCGGCCGAGCAGAGAGGAACCCCUGCCCCUUCCCCUCCCGCCCUUCCCCUGCGCCCGGGCCACGCGCGAGCCCCAGGCUGCGGAGACAUGAUCGCCCGGCGGUCCGACGCACCCAAGGCGCAGCGCCCCGGCCCCGCGGCCCCGUGAUGGGCUCCUGUGUGUCGCGAGAUCUGUUCACAAGUGUCCAUAAGGAUUGCCCCAUGCCCCAGGGCACAGAGCCCCUGAGCCCAGACCUGCCCUCCAGCCUCCCACCCACCGUUGUUCCAGACUAUGUCUCCGGCAAGGACAAACAGAUGGAUUUCUGUUGGGAUCCUUGGCAGAGGUGCUUCCAGACCACCAACGGCUACCUAUCUGGCUCCAGGUCCUGCUCCAGCAACUACAAUGUGGCAGCCCUGGCCACCUCGUCCCUUGUGGGGGUGGUACAGAGCAUCAAGGACCACAUCACGAAGCCCACGGCCAUGGCGCGUGGCCGCGUGGCCCACCUCAUCGAGUGGAAGGGCUGGAGCGCGCAGCGGUCGGGCUGGGCACCAUCCCCAGCCGAGCAGGAGCACUACUGCUGCCUCCCGGACGAGCUGCGGGAGGCCCGCUUCGCCGCAGGGGUCGCUGAGCAGUUUGCCAUCACGGAGGCCACACUGAGCGCCUGGUCCUCGCUGGACAACGAGGAGCUGCGCCCUGAGAAUGACCCCCAGGACGCCGUCCAGCUGCAGGACCUGGACAGCAUCUACCUUCAGGACAGUCUUCUGAGCGGCCCCUCGCAGGAUGACAGUCUUCUGGCCUUCUCCCCCUGUCUCUCCCCUGACGGCUGGCCAUCCCCCGAGGAACCCCCCAUCACGGUGGCUGCCCCCCGGCCCCCUAGCCCCGAACAGCAGCACCGGCGGCGCCUGCCCGGGGGCCUGGGGCCCGAGGGCGGGGCCGGCCUGCAGGGCUCCCCGCCCUCAGUGGACAGUGGCUCCCUCUCGGAGGAGGACGAGGUGUUCUAUAACUGAGGCCUGCUCACCCCGGGACCUCGCCUGGUGGGCAGCUUGGGCCUAGCAGGACGUCGUCGGGUCAGGCUGGGCCUCUCUUCACCCCUCCGGGCAGGCACGGACAGGGAGGCAGGGACGGGAGGCCAGCAUUCCUCGUGGACCGCUCUGUGCCUCGGACCUGCCCCCAGCAGGGGGAGACAUAAUCCCCCUUCUCCCUCCUUGGCUCAUGCGGGCACCUUCCCCCGCGGGGUCUCUGCCAUGGGCGAGCUCAAGGACUCGGCAGACACUAGGGCAGGCCACCCAGCGGAGCCAACAGCCAGGCCCCCGGGCAGACAACUUGGAAAGGGCCUGGGAGACCCACUUGGAGCGGGGCCUGGGGACCCUGCCUUGAUCCCAGAGCUCAGUCCCUCCCCUCCCUCUGUUGCUUCUGGCCCCCCUCCCAUCAGAGGGCGGGUAGCCUCUUCCGGUAGCUAAGCAUCUGCUCCUAGGCUGUCACCACAAGGACACCUGUCCCAUGGACUGUCCGUCUGUCCCUCACUCUCUGAACCCGGGUGCCGCUGCUCCCCCACUUGCACCCUCCGUCCAUCUCCCUGAAAGUUCUCUGAAGACAUUAAAGUGGUGGAUUC